CUUAGAUUGGAUCAGGAACAACCCCAAAUUGGCAAAUUCUGCUUGCCCACUAAUUCCACUAUGUCCUCCAACAGUGAUCAGGAAACUAUCUACGCUCGUGCUACUGGAGCUCCUUUGACGGAAUCAGACCAUUUACAAAACCGGAAGGAUCAAGGUGAUGUAUCUGAUAGCGAAAGCCAAGCACUAAAGGAGAGGCUAAAAGUAGCUGAGAAGAUGUUGAGACUCAGGGAGGAUCAGGUGAUGGCACGAGAGGAAGGUUUGACGACGAUAGAAGAGGGUCUGAGGCUGCGUAAAGAAGAUUUAAAGUUUCGGGAAGAAGAUCUGAACAUUCGAGAAGAAGAAUUGAAGGUACGAGAAGAUCGUUUGUGCAUGCGAGAGCAGGAACUUGAGGAAAGGAGUCAUAACGGAUGAAAGCGGCGAGCACAGUUCUAGAAGCACAUGAUGUCACUUGGACUCGAGCUUCUUCUACUCAUCCGGGCCGUUGGAUUUGCAAUUCCAUUGUCAACGACUGCGAGUCGACGACUCUGUCUACUAUGAAGUGAGAACUUCGGCAACCGGUUUCACAGCUCCCUUGAUAUCAACAGUACGUACAUUUCAUUGCGCUCGCCGGACAGCACCAAUGACGCAAAUGAUGACGAUUGCCAAUACACGUGGAAUGGCGCAUGACCUCAAUGAGG